AUGGCUUCGAAGGGAAUCAGGCCAUUACCGGAAUUUAACCCGUCAGAAAGUGCAUCAAGUUGGGAAGACUACAAACGGGACUUCAUAAUUCAUUUGGACGCGCUAGGUCUGGACGACAAGCCUGGAAAAAGAAAGGUUGGUGUCCUACUUGCCAACAUGGGGAGAGAGUGCGUAAAAAUUUACGAUUCGUUCGCGUGGGCGCCGGAAGUUGUUGCCAAUCAGGAUGCUGGAAUCGCGGCAGUGCCAGCCGAGGAUAAAUACCAUCUAGAAACAGUUUUCACAAAAUUUGACAGACAUUUCGGAGUGCAUAAUUACCGUAACAUUAAAAGACAAGAGUUCCUCAACACAAAGCGUGGUAACCUGUCAAUAAUGGAUUACAUUUCGGAAUUAAAAAGAAAGGCCGAACACUGUCAAUAUGGGGAACAAAAAGAAGGGUUAAUAUGUGACAUGAUCAUUAAUGGCGUGAAUGACACAAAGUGUAGUGAAAAGCUAAUGGAGAUACCGGUUACACAACUUACCAUCGAACGUGUCGUGCAGGUUUGUAGGCAAAUAGAAUUGACCGCGUCUCACAUCAAAUCACUGGGCGAAAGCCCUCACGUAAACAUCGCUAGAACGCAUCAAAACCCUCAUAAGCAACAAACAUACUGUGCCAAGUGUUGCAGAAAACAUGAAGUAAGGAAAUGUCCCGCCUAUCACAAACAGUGUGACAAUUGCGGUGAGUUUGGCCAUUUCAAGGCAUCCAAAUUAUGUCCUGCAGUCGGUGGGACAUCGCAUCAACAAAAGGGGAUAUCACACAGAGGGGCACGUGGCUAUGGACGUAGACUGCGUCAUCGCGGAAGUGAUCGGGGAAUCCACCGUGGAUAUCGGGGCCGUGGAGGUCAACGACGUGUCAACCACACCGAAGCCCAGGAAGACCAGGUCGAGGAAAUGUUUAACCAGUUUGAACAUGCGGAUGUGAACGACGUAUUUAUCGCAACAUCGAGUGAAGAUAAUCAUGAAUGGUCCGCUAACUUGAAAAUAGGGUGUAAAACGAUAAAAUUUGAAAUCGACAGUGGCGCAAUGUGCAGUGUCAUGUCAUAUGGAACAGCGAAGCUAUUUGAAAAGGUUGCACCAAUCAAAAGGAGUGAUGUUAUUAUUAGCGGUGUCAAUGGGCCAGCAGUGAAGGCGCUAGGAAUGAUUACAUUGCUGUGCGAGCAUAAAAAUAUCAAGCGUUCGGUUAAUUUCCAGAUUAUGAACACUCCAAGAGGCAUAAACUUGCUUGGAAGGAAUGAUUCAGUUGAUUUUGGGCUGAUCAUGAGAAUACACACCGCAAGACUUGAAACAGAAUCUAUCAUUGAGAAAUAUAGUGACGUCCUUGGGGAAGAGAUUGGGUGUAUACCGGGCGAGUACGAGAUUAAAAUCGAUAAGUCAAUAGAACCAGUAGUUCAUGCACCAAGACCGGUUCCAGUCGCGAUUCGUGAACAAUUGCAAGCUGAACUAAAACACUUAGAGAAAUGCAACAUUAUUGCUAAAGUAACACAACCUACGCAAUGGGUCAGUAGUUUGGUGUGCGUAAGGAAGAAAAACGGAAGAGUGCGAAUAUGCAUUGACCCCACAGAUUUAAACCGCGCAAUCCGAAGAGAACAUUACCCAAUGAACAGUUUUGAUGAUGUUGCCACAAGAUUGAAUGGGAGUAAAUACUUUACAACGCUAGACGCGAAUAUGGGUUAUUACCAAAUAAAAUUAACUGAAGAGAGCUCGAAGCUCACAGCGUUUAAUACUCCGUUCGGCAGGUACCGAUACCUGCGGAUGCCAAUGGGCGUGAAGUGUUCGAGUGAAGUGUUCCAACGGUCCAUGGAACAGAACUUUGGUAACAUUGACGGGGUAGAAAUAAUUGUUGACGACAUUUUGAUUCAUGGUAGAACACUGGAAGAACAUAACAGGCGCUUGGAAACGGUGCUUCAAAAGGCACGUUCAAUUAAUCUGAAGAUGAAUAAGAAAAAGUGUAUGUUUGCCAAGCCGGAGGUGGACUAUGUAGGUCACAAACUGACUGGAGACGGAAUUAAACCGACAGAUCAAAGAGUGAAGGCGAUAGCAGACAUGAGAGAGCCAGAAAGCUUCAGUGAGCUGGAAACCGUGUUAGGCAUGUUAUCGUAUGUGUCUAAGUUCAUCCCAAAUCUCAGUGAGUUGAAUGCACCACUGCGCGAUAUGAAAAGGCUAGAAACGUGGAGCUGGGGUGACGAAGCGAAGCGCGCGUUCAAUAAAAUAAAAGAAGCUCUUGUUUCAACAAAAGUACUUCAGUACUACGACUUGAAAAAACCUGUCACACUCACAGUAGACGCAUCAAUGAGAGGCCUGGGAGCCGCGAUAAUCCAACAGGACCGUGUUGUGGCAUAUGCGUCACGUGCGCUCACACCGACAGAGCAACGGUACGCUCAGAUCGAAAAAGAAAUGCUAGCCGUUGUAUAUGGCUGUGAAAAAUUCCACAAACUGCUAUAUGGCCGAGAUACUUUCCUAGUGGAAUCUGAUCACAAACCGUUGGAGUCGAUUCUAAAGAAAGAAAUACAUAAAGCUCCGCUAAGGAUUCAACGAAUGAUUGUAAAGCUUCAACCGUAUGACUUCAACCUCGUGCACAAAAGCGGCAAGGACAUGGGUCUAGCAGACUGCCUCAGCAGAUUACCGUUAGAAAAUCAUUAUGAGAAAACUAUCGAUGAAGAGUUGAUGGUUUUGAAGCUCGACACGCUGUCGUGUUCAAACCAUGACAAAAUUGCACGCGCAACACAAGCGGAUGAACAAUUCCAAGUACUGGCAAAGGUUAUCAUUCGAGGAUGGCCAGAAACGAAGUGCGAAGUUCCAGUUGAAGCCGUUCCAUUUUGGGAUUACCGCGAUGAAAUAUCAAUUUACAAUGGAGUUCUGUACCGAGGGGAACGCGUGUGUAUCCCGAAAGAAAUGAGAACAGAAACGUUGAAAGCGAUACAUAAGUCGCAUUUAGGGGUAGUAAACUGUAAAAAGAGGGGGAGAGAGUUAGUAUUUUGGCCCGGCAUGAACAAACAAAUUGAAGAUCUUAUUGGCAAGUGUAGUGCGUGUUUAAUGCAUCGCAAGAUGAGCCAAAAGGAGCCAAUGAUCAUCCAACCAGUACCUGAGCUACCCUGGAGCAAAGUUGGAAUGGACUUAUGCGAACUAGAGGGUUACAAUUACCUAAUCAUUGUAGACUACUUCUCCAACUUCAUUGAAGUAGCACCAUUGCAAAGAGACACUCGAACGAGCACCAUCUUAAAACACAUCAAGCAAAACGUGGCUCGUUAUGGAAUCAUGGACUCAAUCAUCUCGGACAACGGUCCACAGUUCACCAGUGCUGAAUUCCGAGAAUUCAUCGAAAAAUAUGGCAUCACCCAUAUUACGUCGUCGCCUUUGCACCAACAAACAAACGGCCUUGCUGAAAAGGCUGUACAAACCGUUAAAAAUCUAAUUAAAAAGUGUAGCGAAACAGGGGACGACAUCUACUUAGCCCUGUAA